AUGAUGCUGCGAAUUUUCCACCUGAUCGGGCUGCUGGUAGGGAUAUUUCUGGUAAACCUACCCGUUUUUGGUUGCAUAGAAAUUUACGUGACAGUGAAACCAAAUAAAAUGAAGUGCAUAAAAGAACGAAUAAAUAAAGAUACCUUGGUAGUAGGAAAAUUCAAGACAGAAAACAAAAAUACUCCAGUGUCUAUAUUUAUAUAUGACAUUGAUGUGAAUGAAAGAAAUUUUAAUCCACAAAAAAGACAAGCAAUAUUUGAGACACUUAAUGAACAUGACAUAAAAACUGCCUUCACAACUUUUUAUUCAACGUCGUAUUCAUUUUGUGCAUAUAAUAAAACACGUAAAAUAAUGGAUGUUUAUUUCGAAAUAAAACAUGGAACGGAAGCACGGGAUUAUGCACAAAUUGCAAAAUCAGAGCACCUCAAUGAAGCAACCAUGUACUUAAAACAAAUAAUUGAUCAAAUGAAUAACUUUCAUAUCAACUUAAAAAGAAUUAAAGCUUCAGAAGAAAAUGAAAAAAAAUCCAGUGAUAAGUUAAACGAUACCCUUAUGUGGUUCUCCUUAAUCAAUAUUUUAAUAAUUAUUUUUGCUGCUAUUAUUCAGGAUUUCUAUUUUAAGCGAUUUUUCACAUCCAAGAAAAUUAUUUAA